GAUGACUGUUUUGCAAAUGUUGCUCAGUAUCUGCAGCUAGAGAGAUAGGAACAGUCUCAUUUGAAGGAAGCAUUUAUUUUCAAUUGUUUUUUAUAAUGUUUUUGUACGGUGCUGUUUUGCUGUAUUUGAGCUUCCAUUGCUGUGGCUGUGAAUCACCACUAGAUGGCGCUAAUCAUAGCUUUGAUAAGAAGAGAUUGACAAGAUCGGUGUCUGAUACCCCUCAGCCCAUUGAUUGUGUGAUGUCCCCAUGGUCGUCUUGGAGCUCAUGUGAUCCCUGUCAGAAAAAAAGAUACAGGUUCACUCGUCUAGAUCAGCCCUCACAAUUCCAGGGUGAGCGCUGCCUUUCAUCAGACAGAGAAGAGGAGACUUGUGUCCCAACCAGUUCUUGCAGAAACAUCAAGCCGUGUGAAGGGUUCCGAUGCACUGAAACAGGACGGUGCAUUACUCGCAGACUUAUGUGCAACGGGGAGGAUGACUGUGGAGACUUAUCAGAUGAAAAAGAUUGUAAGAGUGCACGAAGCACGUGUACCCGUGAUAUGGAGCAGUACUGGGCAAUAGAGAAUCUGGCAAGUGGAUUAAACUUGUUUACAAAUGUGCGUGAAGGACUCGUUUUAGAUCACAGAUACUACGCAGGUGCCUGCUCUCCACAUUACAUUUUGGACACAAGAUUUAGAAAACCAUACAAUGUGGAAAGUUACAUCCCAGAAAGCAAAGGCACAUAUGAGUUUCAGCUCAGUGAGCACGAAUCCUACUCUGAUUAUGAAAGAAAUUUCCUCAGUGCGUAUGCAAAGCAGUCCAGCUUCAGCAUUGGAAUUAACAUCCCUGGAGUUUUUGAAUUUGGCUUCAGCUAUUCUGACAUGAAAUUUAAAAAGUUCAUUGAGCGAACAAAGAAAUUUUCCCACACUAGCAGCAGAUUUGUCCAUGCACGAGCCGAUCUGGAAGUAGCGCGGUACAAGCUGAAGUCACGCGGUUUGAUGCUUCAUCCUGAGUUUUUCCAGAGAGUUAACCAGUUACCAAUGGAAUAUGUUUAUGGAGAAUAUAGAGAUCUAUUUACAGAUUAUGGAACACAUUUUAUUACUGAAGCAACCUUAGGAGGAACGUAUGAAUAUACUCUCAUUCUUAACGACCAAAAUUUAAGAAAUGAAGGGUAUUCAUUAAAUGAUGUAAAGUCAUGCGUGAGCGCAGGAAUGAAAGUCGGAGGCAAUAUAAAAGGUGUUUAUAUAAGCGUUGGGAUGUCAGGUGGUUCUUGUGGUGCACUCUUAAAUGAAAUUGGAGAGAACACUGCUUCUAGAAGAUAUGUUGAAGACUUUGUUGCUCUUGUUCGAGGUGGAGCAAGUGAACAUAUAACAACACUUGCAUACAAAAACCUUCCGACUCCAGAUCUAAUGCAGGAAUGGGGUGAUGGGGUGCAGUUCAAUCCGGAGAUUGUAAAGAUCAAGGCCAGUCCUUUGUAUGAGCUUGUGACAGCAUCAGAUUUCAGCAGAGCAAAUAUUUUGCAACAAAACAUGAAAAAAGCUCUCCAGGAAUACCAAGCAGAGACAAGUUCCUGCCGGUGUGCACCAUGUCGCAACAAUGGGAUCACAGUUUUCAAAGAAAAUCGGUGUGAAUGUGUCUGUCCUUUGGGUUAUAAAGGUGUUGCUUGUGAAAUCACCAAGCGAUCAGGUAAUACCAUAGAUGGAGGCUGGGGGUGUUGGUCUAAUUGGACCCCAUGUUCCAGGGGAACGCAAACAAGGCAACGGCAAUGCAAUAACCCCUCUGCACAGAAUGGCGGCAAUCAGUGUGAAGGCGAAACUACACAAUCAAAUAAAUGCUAAGAGUAUAAACUGCUACUAUUCAGAGCAAGGACAUUUGGACUUCUAUGUGUUUCCAACUUACAUUACAGCUGAAAUAAAAAUAAAUAAAGUGUGA